AUGAGUUCUUGUACUGUAAUAUAUCGUUUUAGGGGAAAGAAAUCAGGUUCAAAGGAAAAGGUGACAAAGACAAAGGGCGCGGGAAGUAAGGAGAAGGUGAAGAAGAACCUUAGCAAGGAAGGCAAGACCACCAGGACAGUUGGCAGUAAAGAAGCAGUAAGCAAAUGCAAAACUACAAUUGAAAAAUCAACCAUGAGCAAGUCGAAGAACGACAACUGCAAGUCAUCUUCGUCGAUGAAAGGCCGAACCACGGCCGAUGAUCAAACGAAGGAAGAUUUCAAUUACAACGAGGAAGCCAUCAACGUAAGUUUCAGAAUGAUACAGUGUUAUUAAAAUUAAAAAAUGGGUUUCAAAAUAUAAAAAAUUUAGUUAAAAUUUAAAAUUUUAGAAAAUGAGUAAAGCCCUAACCCAUCACAACUGGUACCACGGUCUCAUGCCCCGCGACGAAAUCGAGGAUUUGCUCAAGGAAGAUGGCGACUUUUUGGUCAGAAAAACUGAAGUUCAUCGACAACCACGCUACGCCGUCUCCGUCAUUAGGAAUCUGCGGAUUCGGCACAUUUUAUUACAUUACAAGGACGACUUGUGGUCGUUAAGGGAUGUAAGUAUAUUUUUUGGGACCUAAAUUUUAUGCUGAAUUCGUAUUGUAAGUAGAAUUUGUUUAUUAUAAAAGUUGCCAGAGUUGUGGUCGAUUAACCGUAGUCGACUACCUUUUACUGGAAUUUAAGGUAAUUUUUAGUUGAAAUUGGUAUUUAAGAUGAAAAUUUUGAAAGCUGUUAAUAAUAAUACAGUAAAAGGCAGUUAGGGCUACUAUUUUUCAAAAUUUAGUCAGAAAUUCAUUUUAAAACAAAAUUUUAGCUAAGAAAGGCCAACCUGACGGAACUAAUCGAAUGUCACACGCGCGACAAAGUCCCAAUAAUGGCGGACGGUACCAUUUUGGUGCGAGGCGUGGAUCGACCACCAUUUUACAUCCUGCAUGAACAUAUUGUGUUGAAGAAGCAGCUGGGUGGAGGUAACUUUGGGGAAGUAUACUCGGCACAGUGGAAGAAGGCCGAAGGAGAAGUCAUUGAUGUGGCCGUGAAGAGGCUCAAGGGCAUGAUGAAGAAGAAGGCUAGGGUCGAGUUUGUAAAGGUAUGCUUGCCUUUCCGGGUUCUUCUUUAGACACGUAAAUGAAGUUUGAUGUUGUAUGCUGGGAUAAUGCUAAAAUAUCUAGGACAAUGUAAAUUGUUUUUUAAUUUUAAGAACUGCGAAAUCUUAAAAAUAAUCUUUUGCUCUUAGGAAGCCAAGCUGAUGAGAAGAUUCGACCACCCAAACAUUGUCAAAGUGUACGGUGUAGCGCCCCAAGAAGAGCCGGUUAUGAUUAUAUUGGAGAUGGCGUCAGGCGGCUGUCUCCAAAGUCAUCUCAAGUCGCCGAUUACUCUGUCGUUUGACCAGCUACAGGGGUAUUGUACAGAUGCGUGCAGAGGGAUGGUAUAUCUGUCCGGAAGAAAUGUCAUACAUCGUGAUAUCGCGUAAGAUUCUUUUAUUUGGCGCCAUUCUUUUUGCAAAAAUUUUUUAUAAAUUUGAGUUUAGACAUAUCCAAGUUUUUUUAAAAAUGGUCGUAUUUUAGUGCCCGUAACUGUUUGAUGGGUGCGAAACACGAGGUAAAGAUUAGCGACUUCGGACUGUCAGUAGCCGACCGUAGCGAAAUCAAGUUGGACAAACUCAAAAGUAUGCCAAUCAAGUGGCUGGCUCCAGAAACCCUCAAAAGUGGCAUCUUCUCGAAGAAGUCGGACGUCUGGUCGUUUGGCGUCUUGGUUUGGGAAAUUUUCACUCGAUGCGAAACUGAUCCUUACCAUGGCAUGAACAAUCACAAGGCCAAGGAAAAGGUGCGUCAGAAAUAGAAAGUUAAAAUUGUUAUUGUGUUUCUAGGUUGAAAGGGUUUUUUUUUGUCAUUUUCAAAAAAAAAUUUCAUUUGAAAAAUUUUGGAUUUUUGAAAAUUUUAAUUUUUUUCUAAUGUUGUGACCUAUGAUAAUAUUGUUUUUUUAGAUUCUGGCUGGUGGCGACCUGAAGCUUCCUGAUUCCACUCCGGCUCUUGGAUCGGCCGUGAUGAACCUUUGCUUUACCUUGGUAAGUUAUAUAUAUUAACAAGGAAAGUACCCGACCUGCCUCGCUCUGAUUGACUUCAAACUUUUUAUACAGAAAGAUAAUGUAAAUAUAAGAUCUUCAGCAAAGUACUAAAUCGCGCUUUUUAGCCAAUCUCGAGAAAAACGAGAUCGAAAAAUUACGUUUUGAAUUUCCCGCCAAAUCGGCAUUGUGUUUCAAGCCCAUAACUGUAACUUUUUGACUUUUAGGAAUUUUUCUUCGAUAUACUAGUAGAAUACCUUUAAUGAACCUACAUUUUUAAAUUUAUAAGCGUAGCUUGGCUGGAAAUUCAAAAAAAGCGCUUGAAACAUAAUGCCAAAUUUGCCAAAUUGGCGGGAAACCAAAAUAUAAAAAUUUUGAGCUGGAUCUGAGCGGGGCAGGUUGGGAACUUUCCUUGUAAGUUGUUUGAAUGGGCCCCAUAAGAUUUUUGGAGGAUAUUACCUAAAAUACGAUUGUUAAUUUAUUGAUUUCAGAAGCCAGAUGAUCGUCCCGACUUUGAAGCCCUAUUCAGACUGUUGGCUCCAGAAGAGAAACCACCCAAUAACCUGGACGCCAUGUUCGAGACCUACGCCACCUAG